UAAAUGAGGAUUGGAGUAUUUACUGUACCUAUUGACCAAGCUUUUUGCAAAGUGGAAUAGUUAGUCAGUACCUACCAAGAGAAAGAUCUUUACAGACCUGGAACAAGAAGGAUCACAAAUAUUAUCUUAAAUACCAAACUGUUGAAAAUCUGAGGCUGACCACAGGAAUUAAUCACAGGAGAAAAUUAUAACCACACUAUCACAGAGCAUUUACCACACAGUCACAGUGCAUUUAGGCGGAACAUGAACCAGAUUCACUCUCUAAUGGACUUUUUCAAUUUCGCUGAGGAUUAAAAAUAGAUUUAUAUCUGGACCAGAUAGAUAAUCUGACAUUUGUAAACAAGGAUUGUUUAUAUAGACAAAAUUUUUAAAGUUUAAGUUCAGGAUAUCAGGAUUAUUAAUAAAACAUCUGGUUGUCAUUAAAAAUUUGAUGACAGAAUUUUGACAGUUAGCAAGUACAUGGACUUACAAAGCCCUGAAGGUUAUUUUCUCCUUGGAGUCCUGAUAUUUGAGAUUUUGUGUGACUCCUGCUAUAAAUAACACAUGUUCAGUGACAUAAUAUUUGACUAGUACAUGGUGUGAUGAAUAUUUCAAUGUCUACAUUUUCUGCUACUAGGUGAAACUUAUAGUAUCAACGUGUUGAGUGAGGUGCAUUGUUUUGUUCCAUUAGCGAGGAAAGGAGAAUAUUCAAACACAUUACAAGUGCUUUCAAUUAACGUUUAGAAAUUAGGAUUACAUUAAAGCCGCCAUUAAUUAGCGCUUUGGAAAUAAAACAGGUUUGAAUAUCAAUUUUUGGGAUACUUAUCUACGUCAGUUGCAGGAAAUGAAGUAAUAUUUAAACUGUAAGUUAUAUAUAGAGAUAGCAUAGACUGCAAGUACACUGUGGAUAAUGAUGGAAGAUCAAAAGUACUAUCUAUUGCACUGAUGAAGAGUUAGAAAUAGACAUCUGUUACUGUGAUAAAACUGUCUUGGUUGUUCAUUGCAGCUGAGAAAUCUACAUCACACAAGUUGCAUUUUUUGCAGGAUAUACUUUGGAGAGAAACAGUAGAAGUCAGGUACUCCUUAUAGCUGGUGUCUAUUUCACUCAUCUCUUUAUGUUGAUUUCAGCAAAUUGGAAUCAAUUACAGUACAUAACGGAAAUUGACAUCUGGUAUUGUCUGUUGACUGAUGAUGCUGUUUUCUAUUAAUUGUUAUGCAGCAUGUUAUGAAAACGUUGAGGAAUGGAACCUAAGCCAACAUAUCUGAGAGAAAAUAGUAAACAGAUCAAGUCACAUAGAAGAAAAUUAAGCCAAGAUAUAGAUAUUCGGAGGGUUUAUUAUCCAGAUAAACAAAGUGCUGCCAAGAAAUUUUUUCAUAACGAUAAUUUUCUCAAUAUCAAAUUCCAUGAUCUUGAUUCAUCACAAGACUUCAGGCAUUUGAAAUAUGGAUUCUUAGGGGAAGACGACUUUGAAGAUUUCAAGGAAGAAUUAAUUAACUUUAAGAAAUUGAAAAAUGAAUGCUCAGUGGAGUUUUUAGACAAAUCACCUAAAACAUCUAGGAAGAGUUUAUCUUCUAUAAUAUCUCCCAAACUGGCAAGGAAAAGUUUAAGUUCUGAAAAAUCGCCCAAAACUGCGAGGAAAAGUGUUCGAUUUAAUGACAACAUAAUGGAGUUUUUAAGUACAGAUGAACACUUUCAAGAAUUUGAUCGGGUAUUUGAGACUUUCAAAAGCAAAGAAAUUUCAGAUAAUAUUGACCAGUUACGAUGGUCUUGGAAACAGUAUAGUGAAGAGAAUGAUGCAGACAGCGAUGAAGACGAUAAUCGGACAAUACAAAACGAUGAAAGUUUAGAUGAUUUGGAUGAUGAGGAUUUAUUGGAUUCCACAUUUGAUGAAACAUUCGCCGAUUUCUUUGACAAUGACGAGGAUUUUAAGGAAUUUGAGGUGGAGUUGCAGAAAUUAAACUCAAAAAGACGCUCAAGGGUUUUAUUGAAUAAAAUAAAUAGAACUUCAGGUUGUGAUAUUGUAACAGAAUUAAAAGCUUUCUGUGAUAAUGAUCCAACGGAAAAAUACGAGGCCAUGGCGGCAGAGCCUCGCUUAUGGAACUCAGGUGGUGAAUGGGAUUAUAUUUUUAAGAAAAUCAAACGUCGUAGUUGCCUAUCGUGUUCAAGUCUAGCAGCAAGCUGUGAUAGUAUUCAAGAGGAUUUAACUCUUCCAGACUGUGAUUGUGUCUUCCAUAAUGAUGUAAAAACAAAAAUUGACAAAUGCUCAUCUUGUGGCAAUCUUCAAAAUAUAGACAAUCAAAAUGGUGACUGUCAUUUUACAUGUCACCAAAAUUGUGGUGCGUUGGUACGGCUCGGUUGUAAAUCUAAAUCGUCACCAGACCUAGCAGGUCAAACAGAACCGCCCUUACUAGAGCCUACAGACACCUUACAGACAGUUUCUUCAGACGGCAGCUCAGAACCAACCAAUGAGAAGGACGAGACUGAUAGUGGGUACAGAUCAGGGACGAUACCUGAAGAAAAAUUACCCAGAAAGCCAAGUCAGGCUACACUUAAUAGAGAGGAACUCAAACUGAAAAUAGAGGAAUAUAACCUGCUGGUUCCAGGGGCAGAGUUCUCUCUGAAAGAAGACAAGGGUCAAGCAUUCCAAGGAUUUUUAAGGGUGACGUUAAACUUGUCUCGUCCAAUAUGCAUGUCUCUUGGUGUUCGACCUCCAUCCAUUUACGAAGCUCUCACCAAAGAACACAUCAUUGAGCAGAACACUAUGACGAUGUCCUUUUAUAUGCCCAGAGAUACAAUGAAAUCCAUACACGUUCCAAGUGUAUCAUCCUCAAAAGAAGUAAUUGCUUUACUACUGAAGAAAUUCCACAUCUUGGAUAAUCCAAGAAAGUUUGCUCUGUAUGAGCAGGAACUCAGCAGCAGGGGUAAGAUAGUAAAGCUGCGGAGGGUUCCAGAUGUAGAAUGUCCUCUACUGACCUCACUAGAAUGGGACCCAGACAAGUUGUCUUAUAUCAGAUUGGUCCUUCAGGAAAAUGAAACUGGAGAUAUAAUGUGGGAUGCAUUUAGCCUUCCAGAAUUACAAAACUUUCUUAUUGUACUCGACAGAGAGGAAAAAGAAUAUUGUUCCCAGCUGGAAUACAAAUACAAAGUGAUGAGAAAAAUCAUUCAAUCAAGACUAAAGGAGUUGCGCAAAGAAAAACUUGCAGAGAAAAGGAAAUCUUUAGGUCUCGUGUCCUGAUAAAGUCAUUGUUAAUUGUUUACUCAUUCACAAAAUAGUGCUUAAUGUCACAUGGCUAGGGAAUUGUUUUUAUCAUCCGAUCGGGAAUCAUUUCUGAAGUCAUGUGAUCAUUGAAGCUACUACUGCACCAGGUGCUAGCUUCCAAUCGCAGGUCCUCAUUGAUUGAACAUGUUGAAACAAUUUCGCAUUUGUCACCAUAGACAUGACCUUGACAUACAAGGAUGACGUUGAAAAUAAAGCAUGACGAUUUCAGCAAUGAGGAAUCCUUUUUUCGAUAUUGGAACCAGAAUUAUUGAUACAAAUUGUGAUAUAUUAUUUAUCAGUGCUAAAUAUUUGUUAAGUUUGACUAGAGGAGCAUGAUUCCUCAGAACUGUUUUAGUUGAUGGAUUGUUGAUAUGAUAUUGUGAGGAAGUAGAGAUUCAUUCCUGGGCAUAGACUACUUGUUGGAAAGAUUAGCGACUUUCUAUUUUUAGUCUUGAGUUGUACAAUUCUUUGUACAUUUAUUGUAAGCUAGUCCAUAUAUAAUAUAACUAUAACCAAGUAGGAUUUGAAAUAAUAUUGGUUUGCAUCUUUUUUCUUGAUUUUGUGGCCGUUUUUUGUUUUGUAUCGGAGAUUAAGAUAUUACAUUAAUUUUAAAGAUGUAUAUAAUUAUUUUUUAUAGUCAUUCAUUUUUAGUCAUAAAUGGAAGAUAAUGUCUCAAAUAAUUACAUCCUAAUACGGUGGUUUAUAGAAGUGUUGUGUGUUUGUAUCAAAACACAGUCUUGAGAUGAUAAAUGAUUUUCAUAAAUUUGUAACCACAUCAAGUCAGCUUAGCUUGACAUUUAGGCUUAAAAGUCUGUCAUCCGAAAAUACCAUAUCAAAUUCAAAAUCAUGUAUUGAAUUUUAGUUAUGAUUGGUCACCUAUGCAUUUAGAAACAUGAACACACAGCACAUUUUCAAAUACAAAUUGAUAACUUAUAAUCAGGCUAGUCAAAUUGAGAAAGCCUUGAUAUCAUUUUGGAGCAGUAACAAACAUUUCGAAUAUGUAUCAAAUUGUUUUUAGAUGAUUUAUUUACUGAUAAUAUGUUUCAAGGUUAAUUUCGGUUAAUGAUAUUUUUGUCCAUCUAACUGACAUAGUUUUGGCCUGUUUCAACUUGUAAUUGAUGAUAACUGUGAUAGAUUGGUAUUAAAAGUAAUCUUGUAAUUGAGUGAAAAUUGAAGUAUUGACAAGAUUUAAAUGUUGAAAUUUAUUUUCUUCAUUUUCGGCUAGAACGAUUUGCUUGCUGCUCCAGUUUAAAGAAAUUAACAGUUGACAUGAAUUAAGAAGUGUGUUCACAAUAGAUAAGCAUAAUAUAUUUGGUUUGAAGAUAGUUAAGGAUUAAUAGAAUCUUAGUUUUAUAUUACAAUGAUAUUAUUGUGUUAUAAGAUUAUUAAUUUUGCAGAAUUUAAAAUCCAGGGUUUAAAAUAGUGCCUUUCAUUUGUUGCAAAUAUCUAAAUUCAGUGGUGGAUUUAUUAUUCAGUCGACAACAAACAAGCAAACUCCCUUUUUGGGAUUCCCCCUAAAGGUAUUUCAUAUUUUCAAGAUACAUGAAUAUAGUAUUCCGAUUCAAAUGGAAAGAAAGAAGAACAGAAGACUGUUUGAUUGAGAACACAAAUCAAAUUGUUUAAUUCAUUCAUAUAGUAACAAAUUGCGGUAAAUAAAAAUACUCCGUAAAUUCUGUUUGCCAAGUAUACUGUUAUAAAAUGAAAAUCUCUUGCAUUUUGGCCUUGAUGCAAAGUCAGCCGGUUUAAUUACAAAUGAUGUAUAAAGUACAUUGUUAGUUAGACACAGUAGUUGCUGAGUCAGUGGUAAUUAACAUCUGAUCUCACCUGGUACAGAUGUAACAUAUCACAGUCAAUUAACAAUGUCGAUUUUGCCAAUCUAAUUAUACUAAGGUCUUUUGAUGUCGUCUUUCAUCACUUAACUUCUACUCUCUGUAAACUUUGGUAGAUUCUUUGAAUUUUAGCCAUACUUUUAUUAAUAUUUUUAUUGCAUUUAAAAUGACCGGGAAGCGAUUUGUCUGUUAAUGUAUAUGGGAAAGUGAAGAAACAGUAUUGUGAAAUUGAAUUAUUUUGUAGGUAAACAUUGUUAGAUUGCUAAAAUGGUGCCACCUUUAUGCAUUAAUUUUACUAAGUUUUUAACUGCUUUAUAUGCUUAAUUCUAUUUAUUUAAAAAAAAUAUUUGGAGAUGGUUUCGCAUGGCUUUUUUUUUUUUUUUUUCGAGACAUUGUUCUCGAUGGUAAAAACGAAUGUGCUAAAUUGCACUUCACUCGUCACAAAAUUAUUGUGAAUGUAUAUAAUCUGCUUUUUAAUGGUGUGAGGUUCUAAGGAGGGUAAACAGAAAGUUGAGAAACUUGCAGAAAGCACUUCUGUUUUCCACCGAAAAGGUGUAUAUCAACCAGCGUGAUAAGAGUGAAAUCUGUCAAAAGCUAUGCACUAUUUAACAUGUUUUAAUGUAGAAGUAUUUGACAAAUUUCACAUCUUGUGGUUGCAAUAUUGUGCAGCCAAUUAUUUUUUAAGCUUUUUGCAAUCAAUUUCCCUCCCCAAGUUAUGUCAAACACUUAAAAAACCCCAACCUGUGCUUAGCAUUAUAUAAAUUCAUGCCAAAGAUAUAUUAUUUUCAUCAGGUCUUGAUACUCACUCUAUGCUAUUAAAAAGGCUGGCACCAUUUUAGGUAAUUCUGAAAUGUUUUUUUUUCUGCAAUAUAAAAUCUACCACUGAAUUAUACAAAAGUUAUUUAUGAGUAUAUUGAAAUAUAUUUAUUAGGACAAAAAAUGUAUAAAAAUACAUGAAUUAUAAAAAAAGCAUUAAUUUCAGUGUGUAAUCAGAUUAAAUGUCCAAGACAUGAUCCGUUUGAUCUCAGAAUAACGUCAUCUAUUAAUAAACAGAAAUAAUUAACCUCCCCAUUAACUCUGUAAGACCUAAAGUAUUGUAAAUAAAUCUAGGCUGAAGUUAUUGCCAUGUUAUAAGUGAUUUAAUGUAUACUAAAUAUAACUCAGCACUAAUAAUGUUUAGUAAAGUGGGUGCCUUGUUUGUAUGUAUAGCUAUGGCCUAAGGGAGAUAACCUUAGAAAGAAUUUGAUGAAAGCGCAUUUUGACAAUCAUCAAAACAUUUUACUAAUACCUCAUUUUAAACAUCAAUGUGUCAUGAUUUUAUGUUGUUUUAAUAUUUUUUUUAGUUUGUACAAAAUUCUAUGACAUGGUAAUAAAUGAGUAUUGAAAACACAUGCUAUUUUGUAAGAAAAAAAUUGAGGAUAAAUAAAAUAAAAAAUGGAAAAACCAGGCACCCACAAAUGUAAAAUGUUAAAGUAUAAAAAAUAUAGCACCUCCAUAUUAGAAUAUUCAUGUUAUGUAAAUAAACAUAUUUACACUUUAUUUUGAAUAUUCUUAAAUUAUAUCGUGCUGUAAAUAUGGAGCGAUAAAAAUGGAAAAGAAGGGGAAAAAAUCAUGAAAAAAAUAUAGGGUUGGAUAAGGGUGGUUGGUUGUAAGAUAUGUAGGGAGAGAAAAAUGAAAAAAAAUCAUAAAAUUAUGAUGCACAACUGUAACAACUUAUCUUCUUAAUCCUUCAUGAGCUUUAAAUUGGACAGAGAUUAAUAUGUUAACAAAAUAAUGAUAUGAAAAUGUGGUCUUAUAAUCUUGCAUUUAGGAAUGAUGGAAUUGUGGGUAAAAUUGUAUUUUGCAUACCAAAUUUGGUUGGUUGCAAUCAAUUUGACAGUGAUUGGUAACAAAUGAUAUUUUUAAUGUUUAUAGAUCAAAUUUGGUAUGUAAAAUCUAAAAAAUUGCUCCAGAAUUUUAUUGUUUCUGAAAAUUAUAUAAAAUUGUAUUUUUGUACAAUGUCUGUGCUCAAUGAUAUUAAUCAGCAACAGUGUAGGCAGACAUUGAUAUCUUGUUGUUUAUGACUAUUUAUCUGUUUUCUGAUAUGAAAUAUCUCAACAUGUGAAACAGAAAAAAAUAACAAAAAAAAAUUAAAAUAAAUUAAAAAUA